AAUGGGGUAAACUGAGAAAUUAUCAGGUCCGAGGAUUGAAUUGGCUCAUCUCUCUGUAUGAAAAUGGCAUCAGUGGUAUCCUUGCAGAUAAAAUGGGUUUGGGAAAGACACUUCAAACAAUUUCUCUCCUUGGGUACAUGAAACACUAUAGAAACAUUCCUGGUCCUCACAUGGUUUUGGUUCCCAAGUCUACAUUGCACAACUGGAUGAGUGAAUUCAAGAGAUGGGUGCCAACACUUAGAUCUGUUUGCUUGAUAGGAGAUAAAGAGCAACGAACUGCAUUUGUCAGGGAUGUUUUAUUACCAGGAGAGUGAGAUGUGUGUGUCACAUCUUAUGAAAUGCUCAUUAAAGAGAAGUCUGUGUUCAAAAAGUUUAACUGGAGAUACUUAGUUAUAGAUGAAGCUCACAGGCUAAAAAAUGAAAAAUCUAAGUUGUCAGAAAUAGUGAGGGAAUUCAAGACUACAAAUCGACUGUUGCUAACUGGGACGCCUCUUCAGAACAACUUGCACGAGCUCUGGUCCCUUCUGAAUUUUCUCUUACCGGAUGUGUUUAAUUCAGCUGAUGACUUUGAUUCCUGGUGGAUACAAAUAAUUGCCUUGGGGAUCAAAAGCUUGUUGAGAGGCUUCAUAUGGUUUUGCGUCCAUUCCUCCUUCGUCGAAUUAAAGCUGAUGUUGAAAAGAGUUUGCCUCCAAAGAAAGAAGUAAAACUCUAUGUAGGUCUUAGCAAAAUGCAAAGGGAAUGCUGCUGGAUUUGGUUGCUGUUCCCUGUUCAAGCAGAGGAUUUGAUCUGUUGGAAUACAGACUAAAACAUGGUCCAUUGCUCUUAUCUUUCUGCUGUUGACAAUCCCUGUGUCCUCCUGGGGGAUUGUGCAGCACUUAGUGCAUUACACGCAACCAGAAGUUCAGAAACCUAUUAUAAGGAUCCUUUGGAUGGCCCCAAUAUACAGUUUGAAUACUGUAAAGAUCAGCAACAGCAUCUCCGUCCUCUCUGCUGCUGUCCACCCUGGCCUAUCGGAGACCAUCCCUCCAUGUGCUCCGUGUCCAGGAGAUGGGCAGCUCCAUCAUGGUCAUCGAGUCAUCCCAUGAUGUAUGUGUGUCCUAGAAGACACAUCUGCAACCCCAUCCCAGAUCCACAGGAUGAUGCUGAGGUCACCAAGAGCAUCAGCACACCUAAAGACCUGAAUGAAUUUCCUCGAGCGUUCAGGGAGCUGUCACAUGACACUAUCAACACCGUGGUCUCUACCCCGAACCAGAACGCUGACUAUGACAACAGCGUGGACGGUCCUCCGAUCAGUAGCCUAACGAUGACAGCAGCGUGGCUGCUCCCCCGUUCAGAAAGUUGAGAAUGAAGACAGCAUAGGCACUGGCAUGCGUCCAUGAACCAGAAUACUGACUAUGAAAACAACAAAAUAAUAACCUUUGAAGAGUCGCCAUCUACCUCUAGCGAGGACCAGUCCCUGCAGACAGCUGUAUCCUCCAAGAAGCAGAGAAGGCACUGGAAAAGGGUGAGGAAACAAAUCCGUCAGCUGUGUUGCUGCUGAUUCUCUGCCUCCUCACUCCAAAGGAAGAAGACCUAGUCCCCAGAGGAUGAGACCCUGUGGAUUGCUUCUAUCCCAA